AGUUAAGCUAGUUUUCGAACAUCCGAACAAAGUCAACAAACACACGCAGUUGAGACGAAGUUCCUGAAACGCACGCAAUUUAAGGAAACUCUUGCAGACGUCCAUGCAACUUAAAGAGACAAUGGCGCAGAGAGAGAAGGUUCACAGCUUGCGAUUCAACCAAGACCAAGGGUGUUUCAUAUGCUGUAUGGACAAUGGUGUUCGUAUAUACAAUGUGGAGCCUCUUGCAGAAAAAUUACAUUUGAAAGAAAGCUUAGCCGGAAGUGUUGCACAUGGAGAAAUGUUGCACAGGACAAAUUUACUGGCAAUAGUAGGAGGAGGAGCAGUACCUAAGUAUGCUGACAAUACAGUCCUAAUCUAUGAUGACAGAACAUCAAGAUUCGUCCUUGAGUUUACCUUCUCUGCUCCAGUUUUGUCUGUUAGACUGCGUAAAGAUAGGCUAGUUGUUGUAUGCUGCCGUCAGAUUCAUGUCUUUUCAUUCCCUCAUUCCCCACGGAGACUUUUCACCUGCGAGACUCGUGACAACCCCCUAGGUCUUUGUGAAGUGUCUCCUCUACCCUCUGCUGACAGACACAUUCUCUGUUUCCCAGCACAUAAAGUUGGAGCUGUCCAGUUAGUGGACCUUCUUACAACAGAGUCAACUGUGUCCCAAGCACCUCUCACAGUACAGGCACACAAGAGUGAGUUAGCAUGCCUCAGUGUGAACAGAGAAGGGACCCUGCUUGCGACAGCAUCACACAAGGGCACGCUUAUUAGGGUGUGGGACACUGCCAGGCGUGUUUUGCUGGCAGAAUUACGGAGGGGUUCAGACCCUGCAACAUUAUAUUGCAUUAACUUUAGUGGUGAUAGCGAGUUUUUGUGCUGCUCCAGUGACAAGGGAACAAUCCACAUCUUUGCACUCAAGGACACAAAACUGAACCGCCGCUCAACAUUCUCACGAAUGGGAUUCCUCGGCGGGUAUAUGGAAUCCCAGUGGGCACUUGCAAAUUUCACCGUCCCUCCUGAGUGUGCCUGUGUCUGUGCCUUUGGGACUAGUUCCACUGUUUAUGCAAUAUGUGUGGAUGGAACAUUUCACAAGUAUGUGUUCAAGGCAGAUGGAUGCUGUAACCGGGAGUCAUUUGAUGUCUACUUAGACCUUGUCGCAGAUGAUGAGUUUUAAAACGUAGGCAGAGCAGGGCUUCUGUAUCACGUUAUCAGUGGUAUUGCUGAAAUCAGUGUGCUGAGUUUCCCCAUUAUGCUUUUCCUGAUCUUUGGAUAAUUAAAGAGGAUUA